AUCAAUGAUUCGAUCAAGUAUGGGAGGGGGCCCACUGCAUCUAUCUGGUUCAAAUUUUCACCCCUCAGGGCUGCUGCUACUGAGUAUCCGCUUUCUAGGUGAAUCAAAAGAAAGUCUUCCACCUCCUCUCGAUCCCCUUCCAAGGUGUUCGUUGAUGGUCAUCUAAAAAGUUUCGUUCAUUGAGCAGACUCGUAAGCGAGGUUUCCGAAACUCACUUAGUGAAAGAUGGUUGCCUUCGGGAAAAAGUUGAAGGAAAGACAGAUUCAAGAAUGGCAAGGAUAUUAUAUCAACUAUAAACUCAUGAAGAAAAAGGUAAAGCAAUAUGCUCAACAAAUUGAAGUUGGGAUAGAAGAUCGCCGGCAUGUACUAAAGGACUUCUCAAGAAUGUUAGAUAACCAGAUCGAAAAGAUUGUCCUUUUUCUGUUGGAACAACAAGGGCUACUUGCAAGCAGGCUAGCUAUGCUUGCUGAACAGAAUAAUACCCCUCAGCAGCAGCCUGAAAUAUCCCAAAUAUCGGAAUCAAGAGAAGCUUAUAGAGCAGUGGGACAGGAUCUGUUAAAGCUUCUCUUUUUUGUCGAGAUAAAUGCAAUUGGUCUGCGGAAGAUACUGAAGAAGUUUGAUAAACGUUUUGGUUACAGAUUGACUAAUUCUUAUGUCAAAACACGUGCAAAUCAUCCUUAUUCUCAGCUGCAGCAAGUGUUCAAGCAUGUGGGAAUAGGAGCUGUCGUGGGAGCCAUAUCACGCAAUCUUCAUGAACUUCAGGACCGUCAAGGAAGCUACUUAUCAAUAUAUGAUCAACCUGCUCUUCCCCUCCAGGAUCCUGUCAUUGAUUCAAUAAAAGCAGCUGUGGACAGGUUAACCCACUCAACAAAUUUCCUCACCUUUUUGGCGCAACAUGCACUCAUUAUGCAAGACGAGCUACCUACUCCUGUUGAGGAGCAAGUUGAUGAUCAGAAAUACCAUUUUAUGUCGCUUCUCUUGAACUUGGUGAACACAUUUCUUUAUAUGGUCAAUACAUAUAUCGUUGUCCCUACAGCAGAUGACUACUCCUUGAGCCUUGGAGCUGCAGCAACAGUUUGUGGUAUUGUGAUUGGGGCAAUGGCUGUUGCACAAGUCUUUUCUUCGGUGUAUUUUAGUGCAUGGUCAAAUAAAUCAUACUUCAAACCUCUUAUAUUUAGCAGUGUUGUUCUUUUUGUGGGAAACAUCUUGUACGCGUUGGCUUAUGAUCUUAAUUCGAUAGCGGUUCUUCUAAUUGGGCGUCUUUUCUGUGGCCCUCACACACCCAAGACAUGGGCAUUCAAGGAAGAUUUUCUCAUAACAAGAUUUGUUCCUGCUCUGUUAGAGAGACUUGGUUCUGCCAGAGCUGUUAACCGGAGGUAUAUUAGUGAUUGUGUACCACUAAAAACCCGAAUGCAGGCGUCGGCGGGUUUUGUUAGUGCCAGUGCUCUUGGAAUGGCUUGUGGUCCUGCCCUCGGUGGUUUGCUUCAAACUAAUUUCAAGAUCUACAAGCUUACUUUCAAUCAAGACACCCUGCCUGGCUGGGUUAUGGCUGUUGCUUGGCUAAUAUACUUAAUUUGGUUGGGGAUCUCAUUUAAAGAACCUUCUCGUGAAACUGAAGAAAAUCAUUUACCACAGGAAUCUAAUGCUGAAGCAGCAGAGAAUGAUGCCCUUGAGAAUGGACUUAAACAACCAUUGCUUACUAGUUCAGAAGACAAGCAACAAGAUGAAGAUAGUGAGCAAGAACGUGAUGAAAGUAAAGAAGCUUCUCCAGAAUCUCACGGACCAGCUACUUCAAUUCGAUCAGCAUAUAGACUACUUACACCCUCUGUAAAGGUUCAGCUGUUGAUAUAUUUCAUGCUCAAAUACGUGAUGGAGAUUUUAAUUUCAGAAUCGAGUGUUGUUACCACAUACUACUUUCAGUGGUCUACAAGCAGUGUGGCGAUUUUUCUUGCAUCUCUUGGCCUCACGGUUCUUCCAGUUAACAUUGUUGUAGGAAACUACAUUAGCAAUAUGUUUGAAGACAGGCAAAUUUUAUUGGCCUCUGAAAUAAUAGUUUGCGUAGGCGUACUCCUGAGCUUCCAUAUUAUAAAUCCAUACUCUGUGCCACAGUACGUCUGCUCUGGACUCAUCCUGUUUGUUUCUGCCGAAGUACUUGAAGGUGUCAACCUGGCACUCCUCUCACGCGUCAUGUCGUCCCGGCUAUCACGUGGAACCUAUAACGGUGGACUGCUCUCAACUGAAGCAGGGACAAUCGCACGAGUGGUGGCAGAUGGCACGAUAACAUUGGCUGGGUACUUGGGGGAGAGUAAACUCUUGAAUGUCACCCUGCUUCCUUCACUCUUCAUUUGCGUAUCCUCCAUCUUUGCCACCUGCUUCACCUACAACUCUCUCUAUUAAUAAUGGUAACUUCCUUAUCAAAACAUGAUGUCUUUCAAUAUCCAAUGUACGUAAACCCUGUCUCUUUAUAAUUUCUAUCUCUAUUCCUUAAUUCGUUAUUUUGCCUCAUGUAUCAUUGCUAUAUAUUUGUACGAAAACGAUAUUCCAGCUCAUUGAUUUUUUAUUUUUUAUUUUGUCUACAUUUGGAUAAUAAUAAAUUAUUAGUGAUCCCUGCCGUGGA